GGCAGUGACUUGACUGGGUCAGGCCCAACAUGAAAAGUUUCUUAAAACUUCGCGUAAUCUGAAUGUCAAGUGUCAGUUUAGCCCCUGUAAUAGGUAAUCAUCAACACUUUGAAUUGCACCCAGAACUGGAUGGGAGGCAUAGGUGUUAUAUGAUCCUCCACUCAACAAGCAGAAGCUUCCAAAUAGCCUCCAGCCUGGAGAUAAGAAAAGCAUGGGGCGCUGUGGAUUGGAGCACAUCAGGGAGGAAGGGCCUGACCCCCUGUCCUGACCCCGCUACCUGAAAAAUGAUAAGAAGCAUUUUGAGCUAGUGCUGUCAUAUGAUAACCAAGGAGCAGCAAGAAACCAUACCACUGAGCACAGAAGCAGACACAUCUCCUCAAUAAAGGGAGCACUCCUAAUCUAUCCUUUCCUCCUCCUGACUCCCCUCCAGCCAAGUUAGUAGCAUCAAGGACAACAGAGGAAUGGGGGUGGGGUACUGGAUUGCCAUACUCUUCUUUAUCAGUUUUCCCUACAGAAAAUCCAUCUCCAUACACCUGACUACUGAAAUCAGUCAUCUGCCAUUGGGACGUUAACCUCUUCUGUUCUGUUUUUGUCUGUAAAGUAUGGUAACCUGGACAGGACAAUCAUGGAGGAGGGGCACCGAGGGACCAGUGUACCUGUGCUUGCAGAGAAGGCAGUUAUAACAGUCUGCUAGGAUUCUGAGCUAAUGGUCACCGACACAAUCUCCUUUUCGGGAAAAAACACGAACAUGGCUGCUAAGCAACGGGGGUGAUGAUAUUUUACAGUGAAAACAUAGUGCAUUGUUAUUUUUAACAUUUCUAGCUGCACCUUGCAGAAAGUUAUUUACAUAGAUUCACUCGUCUCUGACAGCUUAUAAUUUAACCUGUAGCAGGAACGACAGCUUUGAAGAUAACCCAUGUGAAGAGCGUACAGGAAGCUGCAGAAGACACUGCAACAUCUGCUUGGCUACCCCACUCUCGUUGUCUCUGACCGCAGCCAGAAUUACUCUGUAUUGACACUGCAUUAGGCUCAGGUUGGCUCCUAUACAUCUGGUAACUGCUGGCCAAGAGAGGGUUCAGAAGAAUAUGACCAUCCUGCCAAUUCCACUCACUCCUAUAUACAGUAAGUGUGUAAACAGGUGAAGGUGACGGUUGUUUUGAGUCUUCCCUUCAUUUUCCAGCUGUGCACAGGCAACAAUGUCACUGACUACUAUGACGCCAACAUCACUGUCGAUUACAACAUGUUCGAGACUCUCUGUGAGAAGGCCGAAGUCCGGAGCUUCCGCGCCGCUUUCCUCCCAGCUAUGUACUCAGUCAUCUGCAUCGUUGGGCUUCUGGGGAACGGGCUGGUGAUGCUGACCUACAUCUACUUCAAGAGGCUUAAGACGAUGACCGACAUCUACCUGCUGAACCUGGCCUUGGCGGACAUCCUCUUCCUGCUGACGCUCCCUUUCUGGGCCGCGAGCGCAGCCAAGUACUGGCUUUUUGGGGAGUUUGCCUGCAAAGCCGUCUACUGCAUCUGCAAGAUGAGCUUCUUCAGCGGGAUGCUGCUGCUCCUGGCCAUCAGCAUUGACAGGUACUUCUCCAUUGUCCAGGCUGCCUCCGCCCACCGUCUCCGCUCCCGCAUGAUCUUCAUCAGCAAGAUCACGUGCUUCUCCAUCUGGAUCCUGGCCUUUGUCCUCUCCAUCCCAGAACUGGUCCACAGUGGAAUGAACGCAUCCGAGACCCCCCGCUGCUCCAUCAUCGCCACCGACUUGCACAAGUUCGACACCGGCAUCAAAGUGUCCCAGAUGGUCUUUGGCUUCCUAGUACCCCUGUUGGUCAUGUCCGUCUGCUACUUUGUCAUCGUCAAGACCUUGCUCCAAGCCCGUAACUUUGAGAAGAACAAGGCCAUCAAGGUCAUCAUCGCUGUGGUGAUAGUCUUCGUCGUCUUCCAGCUGCCUUACAACGGCGUCAUGUUGGCCAAGACCAUCUCAGCUUUCAACAAUACUGACAGCCAGUGCGAGAAGAGUAAGCAGCUUGACGUGGCAGACGACGUGACCUACACUCUGGCCUGCUUCCGCUGCUGCCUCAACCCCUUCCUCUAUGCCUUCAUUGGCGUCAAGUUCCGCAGUGACCUCGUCAAGCUUCUCAAGGAGCUGGGUUGCCUGAGCCAGGAUCGGCUCUGGCAUCGGUCGACUUGCAGGGAGAACAGGCGGUUCUCCUUUGCUAUGGAGACCGAGACAACCACCACUUUCUCACCGUGAGGGGUGUUCUGUGCCUGCUUUGACUGGGCCAGGGCUGGGGUAUUCCUGCAUCUUGCAGCCCUCUUGAAUUACUGAUUUGAGCAGGGCCAGCCUCACCUUGGCCAGAGAGCUGUAUCAGUGCAGAACAAAACCUAUUAACUUCCCCGCAUUUCAGGAAAUCCAGGUAGGUGGGAGAGACUCGGCUAAGGCUACAAGAAAGUACUAAGCUGGGGAGCAAUUAGACCUUGUGUUAAUUGUUCCAUUUGGGCAUCAUUCCUCAUUGCUCCAAUAUAAAACCUUUUUCUUAUUUGUGUUACAGCUGAGCUCUCCGGAGCACCUCCUUGCUUUGAAUGCCGCAUUUAACAAGACUGCAUUUUGCCCUUUCUUACACACACAAACUUUGUAGCACUGAUCCAGCUAGUAAGACAGAACGUGACUAAGCCAUGCCUCAAACUCCAAGCUCAGCACAAUACAUGGUAUAAGCUAGCAUUGACUUGUGAUUCUUGAUUAGGCUUCAGUUGCUUGAAUGCUGGAAUGAAUCAGUAUCCCUAGCAUGCCACUCCCAGUUCCUUCCUCCCCACUCCAAAAGUCAGAUUUGCAUAAUUAACCCUAAAACUACAGAUUUUUAAAAUGAGUAAGUUUGAUAACAGUCACUGUUAAUGCAAAAUCUCGAAAGUUUGUUGGGGGAAACAAUGGCUUUCAAUUCACUUUGUUUGUGCUGGGGUUUGGGGUUUCACCUAUAAAGUUCCAUCUGGUUUAGGGCAGGGGUUCUCAAACUGGGGGUCAGGACCCCUCAGAGGGUCACGAGGUUAUUACAUGGGGGGUUG